AGAUUUGGCCCAAGCCGCCCCAUGGCCGGAUGGGCAUUUUCACCAAUGGAUAGUGAGGCUGUGCCCGCUGUGCCCCACUUGCAACCGGACCAAGUGCGGUGGCAGUUUCUGUGUCACAUCCGCAAGAAGUGGGUGACGGUCACGGAUGAGGAACGCUCCAUCCUGACGUCCACGUGGAACAGCGGCCAGAGAUCUGUGGAGUAUCGGCUCCAGUCUGGGGUGCCGAUGCAGGUGGAUUUUGGAGCCAAGGUGCGGGUGAAUCUCGCAUCACGCCGUUCCAUGCAGCUACGUCAAGUGGAUUCCACUGGGGCAGCGAUGCCGGGGGCGCGGGGCGGAUGUGCCACGGCGAAUGAAAAUCGAAGCUCCGUUCAGGCCGCUGCCUGCGCUGCUGAGCCCCCAGCUUCGGGCACGGAGAGCGAGGAGGGUGACGAGGCGCUGGAGCGAGUGCAGGAGAUGCUGCCGCAGCCGGUGGAGAUUCUCCAGGCAGAGAAGAGUCGGCAAUGGCUGCUAUCCGAAACCCACCGUCAGUGCUUUUUGCGCUCCCCGCGGUUGCAUGGGAAGAACAAAGCUCUGGCAGAGACCCGAGAGGAGCAGGUCUCCAUGAUGGACUACCUGGAUGCUUGCAAAAACCACUUGGAAGCUGCUAAAAUGCACAUGGAAAAGGGGAAGACCUUAUACCAUGACGCGGAGCAUGCAGAGGAUGAAGUAGCCUUUGAAAGCGCUGGGAAGUGGUUUGCUUUGGCCAUCGACGAGCUGAAUAAGUUGCAUGCCCUGAAAGACUUGCCGCAACUGGGAGGUCACAUGGAUUGCGGCAACCUGCAGACGGAACAUCGAACUUUGAGCUGCAGAGGUUUUCUGAACCUGGCCAUGUGCAACUUGAAGGCCCGUCACUUUCAGGCAGCCCUGGAGAACUCGGAGCAGGCCUUGAGUUUGGAUACGAGUUGCGCGAAGGCCUACUAUCGCAAGGCCCAAGCCCUUGAGGCUCUCGGGAAGGACGUGGAGGCUCUGGCGCUGUGGCGUCAGGCGCUGAAGCACCAGCCGGAGGAUGCGCGGAUCCGGCGCAAACUGAGGGCUGCAGCCUCCGCGGUCCGGACCCAACGGUCCUGGCAGCGCCGUGCCGCGGCUGGCGCCAGCCGUGCCGGCACGGAGCACCGCAGUGAGCGCCGGGCGGAGCGGUUGCAGGGCAUCCUGGACAGGGCCGCUGAGUACCUGGCGGUGGAUGAAGUUUGGAAAGGAGAACUUUCGCGCAUUUGUCGCAUCUUUGGUGCCGGUGGAUCCUUGGAUGAUGAGAUCAAACACCUGGACCGUCUCUUUUCUGAGUGUGUGGCCAGCAAGCCUCGGCACAAGGACCUUGAGCUGUCUCCAGAUGAAGUUUCAUUCCUGUCCUCCCUGGGUGUGACGUUGCCGUGCCACUCCCUUGACGCUUUUUCCGCGUUGCGCACCGCGCGGCUGGUGGAGCGCCUGGAGCGUGGCGAGUCGCUGCAGCCGCAGGAGGAGCAGUUCCUCCGGGAGCAGCGGAAGCUGCUGGGCGUCCAGUGACGGCGCAUGGACGGCUCCAAUGAAAAACCAACGGAAGACCACCAGCAACGGCAAGGACUAGGUGCAGCAUGGCUGAUUCGCACGGUUCCUUGAGACACAGGAUGGCACAUGAUGGCACCAAACCAGAAGAUGGAAUCCGCGGUUGGUCACCAGGAAGGCUGAGAAUCUGGGAGCUUUAGAAGAGAGAAAAA